CACAUUCGUGGUUUUUAAUUCAUUCAUUCCACAGCAGAGGAGCAGGCGGUCUCGAUCGGUCUACAGUUUCCUGCUGUCCUGUAUUGUUUUGUGGAAGUAGUAGACAUGAACCACCUUGAAAAGACUGACAGGCUGUUAAAUUCUAUAGUGGACAGCCUAUUUGGAGAAAGAGAUACUCGUGUGAGAGGAUGGCUCCUGCUGGAUUCCUACACACCAACAUUCUUGCUCACCAUUACCUACCUCCUAACAAUCUACCUGGGAACAAAAUAUAUGAGAAACAGACCAGCAUACUCACUGAAAAAUGUUUUACUGCUGUACAACUUUUCUGUUACUAUGUUGUCUUUCUACAUGCUAGUUGAAUUGAUGUCAUCAGUUUGGUCUGCUGGUUAUCGUCUUCAGUGUCAGGGCCUAUAUGAAGCUGGUGAAGCAGAUAUCAGGGUAAGCAAGAUACUAUGGUGGUACUAUUUCUCCAAGCUGAUUGAAUUUCUGGACACCAUCUUCAUUGUGCUGAGGAAGAAAAAUAACCAGAUCAGUUUCCUGCAUGUAUAUCAUCAUGCCUCUAUGUUUAACAUCUGGUGGUGUGUCCUCAACUGGAUACCCUGUGGACAGAGUAAGUGAGUGGGAAGGACAAAGUUACAUCAAGGAAAUGUAACAGAUUUAAGAGACAGUAAUGAUUUGAGAAAAUAUAUCAAAAGUUUCAUAGCAGAAGCUGUAUUAGGAUUUAGAG